AUGGCCGACGAUGGCAUGCUGUUGAAUUUCGAACUCUCCUCCGAACCCUACAAGGCCGGUGUCAAGUUCAAAGGCGGUCGGUGGCGAGAGAGGAAGCGUGCGGAACGAGUGGCCCGGAAUGGACCUUCGAUUCCGGCAACCGCGUACAGCGGCGGGGACGAAGAACUGAGGUCGACGAAGCGUCGUCGGGUUGAUGAAGAUUCUGGUCAUCACCAGUCCCACACACCGGGAACCCAAUCCAAGAGAUUCGAGUCUCUCGCACACGACGGCGGUCCUUCCUCGCACUCCUCACGACCUCACAAGCCGGCCCGAGCCGAUGGAGACGCAAGCCGAGGCCCGCGCCAGGUUAUUUCACGACUUUUCUCCUUCAACCCAACACAGGCGACCGCGGCCGAGGACGAAGUAGAAUGGGUUGCACCAGAGGCGACGAAUGCACCGCUCGCCGACGUGGCCAACUUUGGCUCCCUCACACUGUCGUCCCGGCUCGUCGACGAACUGACGAAAAUGAAGCUCGAACGGCCGACGGCGAUCCAGCAGAAAGUGAUACCGCACCUGCUCACCAGCAGCUCGGACGCCUUUGUGCAAGCGGAAACCGGCUCCGGCAAGACAUUCUCCUACCUGCUACCCAUGAUUCAUCGAAUUCUGCUCCUCAGCAAUUCCGGCAAGCAAAUCCAUCGAGACUCUGGCGUCUUUGCCAUCAUCGUCUCGCCCACCCGCGAACUGGCGAGGCAGGUUCACACGGUCCUCGAGCAGCUCAUACGGCCCUUCCCCUGGCUCGUCUCCACCGCCAUCACCGGUGGAGAGUCCAAGAAAGCGGAAAAGGCAAGAAUACGAAAGGGCGUCAACUUUCUCGUCGCGACCCCCGGUCGGCUCGCCGAUCAUAUUGACAACACAAAGGCCCUCAACCUGGGCACCGUACGCUGGCUCAUCAUGGACGAAGGUGACCGUCUGAUGGAUCUCGGCUUCGAGGAAGACCUGAAAAAGGCCAUAACUCGCCUCCGGGACAUUCCCAUCGUGCAGAGGACGGAGGACGGAACGCCUCUCGACAAGCUGCCAGAGAGGCGUGUCACCGUUCUCUGCUCGGCCACGAUGAAGAUGAAUGUGCAGAAGCUCGGAGAGAUGAGUCUGGCGGACGCGACAUUUCUGGCGGCCGAAAAGGGCGACGAGGAUCCGACCAUCGAAAUGGCAGUCCACAAGGCUCCCGCGCAGCUGCAUCAAUACUACACCGUGGUUCCCUCCAAGCUCCGCUUGGUCACCCUCAUCGCCUACCUCAAGUCCGUCUUUUCCCGUCGAGGGCGCACGAUGAAGGCCGUCAUCUUCAUGUCUUGCGCCGAUUCCGUCGAUUUUCACUACGAGAUGUUGAGGGAUCCGGCCGUGACGGACCCGCCGGCAUCGGCGACAAAGGAAGCGGAGCUCGUUUCCAAGACCGUGUCCAAGGCAGCUUACUUUACGACCGCGGCGAGUCCGGAAGUCAUGAUGCACAGGAUGCAUGGCUCGCUCAGCCAACCGGUCCGCACGGCAACCAUCCGUUCGUUUUCCGAGUGCAAGACGCCGUCGCUGCUCGUCACGACGGACGUUUCGUCGCGAGGAUUGGAUAUUCCGGCGGUCGAUCUCGUCAUCGAGUACGAUCCGGCCUUUAGCUUUUCCGAUCACAUCCAUCGCGUAGGUCGAACCGCGCGUGCCGGCCGUCCCGGUGACGCCUUGUUGUUUCUCCUUCCGGGCCCAGAAGAAGGGUAUAUCGAGCUCCUAAAGUCGUCGACGCCGCCGUCGUCCCAAUCACACGAGUCCAUACUGAAGAAGGGUUUCAUGGCGAAGUUGGAGUUUCCGGUGACGACGCAAGCAAAGCCUGAAGAUGAUGAAUCAUACCACGGCAAGGCAGAGACGCUGCAGCUUCACCUCGAGCAACGGUUGCUCAUCGACAGCAAGCGGCUCGAAUUGGCACGCAACGGAUUCAAAUCGCACAUCAGGGCAUACGCAACCCAUGUCAAGGAUGAGCGAGUCCAUUUUGACAUGACGCAGAUGCACCUAGGGCACGUGGCCAAAAGCUUCGGCCUUCGAGAGGCACCCGGUGGCAUCGGGUCGGGCAUCGAACGCAAGUCCAAGAAGGGUCGCCGGGACUCCUCCAAGGCCGACGACACGACGAAGGAGCAAAAGCCAGGAGGAGACGUCAUCAAGCGCAAGAGCGCCAUGCUGAUGCGCGCAGUUGCCGACGAGUUCAACAUUGGCUAA